AUGGCCGGUCGCAGCAAUUGGGAACUAUUCGAAGCAGUAGCUACGAAGCUGCUCGAGGGUAGUCCCCUAGGUAUCGCCAUCGCGGUGAUCAUCACGUUUGGAGUCCCCAUCCUGCUACAUUUUCUUUUCUACCGAGCAGUGGCAUCUCCGCCAUCCAGUAAUUUCCUCCUUCUCGGUCCUAGCGGGGCAGGUAAAACUGCUCUUUUGACCCUGCUCGAAGCGAAAUCAUCAUUCUCUGCGACCCCGAAGACCCAGCCCACGCAUACAUCCCAGACCUCCACCUUCGCUACAAUCCGCCUUCCCGUCUCCGUGCCUAUUGCGUCCAACAAAUACCGCUCCGUCAAUGACCCUUCCCUCAAAGAAGGCCACCGCAAUCCCAUCAAAUACCGUGUUCGAGACACACCCGGCCAUGGCAAGCUGCGAGGAUCCCAAGGUCUCUCCGAGCUCAUCUCAAUGUCGGAAUCAAAAGAGACCAAGUCGAAGCUCCGCGGCGUCCUCUUCAUGGUCGAUACCGCGGCGAUACCGGAAACUGAAGCCCUGAGAGAUGCGGCUUCGUACCUCUACGACGUGCUUUUGAUCCUUCAGCGGCGAGCCCUGAAACGGGGCAAGUCCUCGUUGAAAGCUGCGGCUGAGAUACCCGUUCUUAUUGCGGCGAAUAAGCAAGACCUCUUCACAGCCCUCCCGCCUGGAUCUGUGCGUGAGAAGCUAGAGGCGGAGAUUGAUCGCAUCCGCAAGUCGAGGAGCAAGGGGCUUAUGGAUGCUAGCGCUGACGCUGGGGAUGGUGAUGGGGAGGAUGAUAUUCUAGGUAGCUAUGAUGUUAAGGAUACCUUUAAUUUCAAGAGUUUCGAGGAAGAGAUUGGUGUGAGUGUUGAGGUUGCUGGUGGAGCUGUAAAGGGCGACGAGGGCGAUGCGGUUGGCGCUGGUGUGCGGAGAUGGGAAGAAUGGAUCGGUCAAUGUCUGUGA